CCACCACCGCCGCCGCCGCCGCAACCGAUCGUCAACGGCAACGACGCGAGACCAGACACGUGGCCCUGGCAAGCGGCGUUGUUCUACUUCAAGAAACAGCUCUGUGGCGCCUCUCUUCUAGACGAACGACACGUGGUAACCGCUGCCCACUGUCUCGACUCAGAGCCAUCCGACUACACGCUCAUGUUGGGCUCCAUCGAAAAGUCCUCAGAAGCCAGUGGAAACCUUUUCACCAACAGAGCAUCUUUCAUUCAAGUUCAAAAUUUCACCGUCCACCCAAAUUAUACUUCGUUCUGUUACUAUUGGGGAAACGAUAUAGCCAUUUUGAGAUUGGCGACCCCCGUUCGAUUCAACAGAGCUUUAUCGCCCGUCUGCCUGAUCGACCCGCAGUAUGACGUCAUCACAACGUCAUCAAUUUGUUACGCGCUUGGCUGGGGACUCACAAAUUUUUAUAACAGUACUUCAGAUGCGACAAUUCUGCAAGUGGCCAAGCUGAAGCUGUGGUCGUGGGAUGAAUGCAGGAAGACGAACUUCUUCAUCUCUCCAUCCAUGAUUUGCGCCGGGUACACUGGGGGAAUCAUUGCUAAUUGCAAGGGCGACAGUGGCGGGCCACUUGUUUGUCGCAAUAGCAUCAGCAGCGGCAGCAGUAGCAUCAACAGCUUCAGUCCUUGGCGUCUUGUCGGUGUGUUCACGUUCCUCAGUACCGGUUGCGAUGUCGUCAUGAAGCCGUCCGUCUUCACGAACGUUUCCUACCACAGCCAAUGGCUGAAGAGUGCUAUG